GGCGGCGUGUCACGCGCAGGCCCCGCCCGGUCUCGGUGCGUGCGGGGGGCGGAGCGCGUUGCUCUCCGGCAGCAGCAGGGGCCGGUGCUCCGCGCUCCCAGAGCUCAGUGUGCGCGCGGCGCCUCGCUGUUGCCGGGUCUGGGGUGCGGGCUCGCGGCGCUCCUGCCAGGACUUCGGCGCCGCUCAGAGGCAGCCCCGGGGGAGCGGAGCGGAGCAGCGCAGCGCAGCGGGGGUCGGUCGGAGAUAACUAGUCGCGGAGGUGGGGGGAAGCCUGCUCCGCUCCCGGAAACUCUCGGCGUCGCUCGGGCAGGUGGCGCAGGGGCCUGAGCGCUGCCGGAGCUGGGGGAACUUCGGGGAUUGGGGGGCCGUCGCGUGAGGACACCCGCCGCAGCUUCCCGGCCGGAGGAAACUUUUCCCUGUGAGCCGGGGCAGGCAGCGGGCCCGGCGGAGCCAGCGAGCGCCCCCAGAAGUUGAACGAGGGCUGUCAGAGCGCCGGCCGGGGGAGCGCGCUGCGGGCGGGGAGCUGCUGCCUGCGGACAUGAAGCUGAGCAGGCAGUUCACGGUGUUCGGCAGCGCGAUCUUCUGCGUCGUGAUCUUCUCCCUCUACCUGAUGCUGGACAGGGGCCACUUCGACCAUCCAAAAAGCCCCCGCCGGGAGGGCACCUUCCCCAAGGGCCAACUUUCAAUAUUACAAGAGAAAAUAGACCACUUAGAACGUUUGUUGGCAGAAAAUAAUGAGAUUAUUUCGAACAUAAGAGAUUCUGUGAUCAAUCUGAGUGAAUCUGUGAAGGAUGGUCAAAGAAACCCAGAGGCCAUAAAUUUCAGUCAAGGAUCUUUUUCCGAGCUUCUGCCAUCUCCUGUAGUAUCCCUCACAAUUGAUCCGGAGGAUUGCUCAUUUGCUUCAAAAAGUGGAAGUCAAGAUUCAAAUGUACAGAUGUUGGAUGUCUAUGACAUUCUUCCUUUCGAUAAUCCAGAUGGUGGAGUUUGGAAACAAGGAUUUGAUAUCACGUACAAUGAAAAUGAAUGGGAUGAUGAACCUCUUCAAGUGUUUGUUGUGCCUCACUCACAUAAUGAUCCAGGUUGGCUGAAGACUUUUGAUGACUACUUCAGAGAUCAGACACAACAUAUCCUAAACAACAUGGUGGUAAAAUUGCAAGAAGACAACAGGAGGAAGUUCAUGUGGUCGGAAAUCUCUUACUUUUCAAAGUGGUGGGAUGGAAUAGAUAGUCAAAAAAAGGAUGCUGUUAAAAGAUUAAUAAAAGAUGGCCAGUUUGAAAUAGUAACAGGAGGAUGGGUCAUGCCCGAUGAAGCUUCUCCUCACUACUUUGCUUUAAUUGACCAGCUGAUAGAAGGACAUCAGUGGCUGGAGAAGACUCUAGGAGUAAAACCGAAGUCUGGUUGGGCCGUCGAUCCCUUUGGGCAUUCGCCAACAAUGACUUACCUUCUGAAACGUUCAGGAUUUUCCAGCAUGCUUAUACAGAGAGUUCAUUACUCGGUUAAAAAAUAUUUUGCAACCCAGAAGACACUAGAAUUUUUUUGGAGACAGAACUGGGAUUUGGGAUCCACGACAGAUAUCCUUUGCCACAUGAUGCCUUUCUACAGCUAUGACGUUCCUCAUACUUGUGGUCCAGAUCCUAAAAUCUGUUGCCAGUUUGAUUUUAAGCGUCUUCCUGGGGGAAGAGUAAGUUGUCCCUGGAGAGUUCCUCCUGAGGCCAUUCAUGCUGGGAAUGUUCAGCACAGGGCUUGGAUGAUUUUAGAUCAGUACAGAAAGAAGUCAAAGCUUUUCCGUACUAAAGUUCUGUUGGCUCCACUAGGGGAUGAUUUCCGCUACAGUGAGAGCUCAGAAUGGGAUCAGCAGUACCAGAAUUAUCAAAAGCUUUUUGAUUUUAUGAACUCUCAUCCUGAGUUGCAUGUUAAGGCCCAGUUUGGGACUUUAUCAGAUUAUUUUGAGGCUCUGCGCAAAGCAGGUAAUUUGGAGGAAAAGAACAGCAAUUCAGUUUUUCCUGUUUUGAGUGGAGAUUUCUUCACAUAUGCAGACAGAGAUAAUCAUUAUUGGAGUGGAUACUUUACAUCACGACCCUUCUACAAAAGACUAGAUAGAGUUCUGGAAUCCUAUUUAAGAGCUGCUGAGAUCCUUUAUUCUUUUGCACUAGUAGAGUCCAAAAAAUAUGAAAAGAUGAAUGCAUUUCCUUCAGUGGAAAAUUAUAAAUUGCUGACGGAGGCUAGGAGGAACCUAGGACUCUUUCAGCACCAUGAUGCCAUCACAGGAACAUCUAAAGAUUGGGUAGUUGUGGAUUAUGGAACUAGGCUUUUCCACUCAUUAAUGAAUUUGAAGAGGGUGAUCAUUGACUCUGCUCAUAUUCUUAUCCUAAAAGACAAAGAUACCUACAGCUACAACCCAUCAACUCCGUUCCUUAAGAUGGAUGAUGUUCAGUCCUCACAAGAUUCUCUGCCACGCAAGACAGUUAUAAAGCUGAGUAUACAGCCAAGGUACCUUUUGGUUUAUAAUCCUACAGAACAGGAGCGGUUCUCAGUGGUUUCAAUCUAUGUGAGUUCACCCAAAGUUAAAGUAUUAUCUCCUUCGGGAAAACCUGUUAUGGUCCAGGUUAGUGGAGUAUGGGAUGGCACAACUACAAUAUCACAUGAAGCAUAUCAGAUCUCUUUCGUGGUGCACCUACCGCCUUUGGGUCUGGGAGUUUAUCAGCUUUUGGAGGUUCUGAGUUCAGAAAUGGUCUUGGCUGAUUAUAAUAUAUAUACUAAUGAAGGAAAUAAUGUGCAGGUGAACCCAGAUGAGGUUUUCAAGAUCAAGGAUAUGCAAAAUUCUGUGGAUGAUAUUACUUUAGAAAACUCCUUUAUGAAACUAUGGUUUUCUGGGAUCUCAGGGCUUCUGAAGAAAAUUAACACAAAAGAAGAUGGCAAAAAUCAUCAAAUAAAGGUGGAGUUUGCAUGGUAUGGAACUACAAGUAACAGAGAUAAGAGCGGGGCUUAUCUCUUCUUACCAGAUGGAGAGGCCAAGCCUUAUGUUUUCACGGAUCCACCUACCAUAAGAGUUACUCAUGGAAGGAUUUUCUCAGAAGUUACUUGUUUUUUCCAUCAUCUGACACACACAGUGAGACUCUACAAAGUUCAGGGGUUGGAAGGAGAGUCUCUUGAGCUGUCCAAUAUUGUGGACAUUAGAGGAGAAUACAAUCGUGAGAUUGCAAUGAGAAUUUCAUCUGACGUAAACAGCCAAAACAGGUUUUACACUGAUCUUAAUGGAUAUCAGAUUCAGCCCAGAGUGACAAUGAACAAAUUGCCUCUUCAAGCAAAUAUCUAUCCAGUGACUACAAUGGCUUAUAUCCAGGAUGAUGGCAUUCGUUUGACUCUACAUUCUGCUCAGUCUCUAGGUGUUACAAGCUUGAAAAAUGGACAGUUAGAAGUCAUCAUGGACCGUCGACUUAUGCAGGAUGACAACCGUGGUCUUGGACAGGGUCUCCAAGAUAACAAGAUCACAGCUAAUCUGUUCCGACUUCUGCUGGAGAGAAGAAAUGGAGUAGAUGAGGUCAUUGAUAAAGAUGCUAGUAUAGCUCCAAGAACCAAUCACAGCAGGACCCCACUGAAGACAGACCAGUUCAAUAAUGAUUCUCUCUGUAUAGUUACAUUUUGAGACCUAUCAGUUAGCCAAUUUUUAAUCCAUUUAAUGUAUGCCAUGUUAAUGUUAUAUCAUUCUGAUUUUUUAAUCCAAGUGUUGUGCGGGACCAAGUCAGACACCUUCCAGAAAUCUAAGUUUAUUACAUUAAAGCUAUUACCUUUAUCAACCAAACUUGUGAUCUCACUGAAAAAAAGAUAACAUCAAUUUAGUUUGACAGGAUCUAUUUUCCAUAAACUCAUGUUGAUUUGUGUCAGUUACAUUUUCCUCUAGUUCUUUAUUAAUUGAGUCCUGUAUCAGCUGUUCCAUUAUCUUGCCUGGGAUUGAUGUCAGGCUGACAAGCCUAUAAUUACCUGGGUCAUUCCGCUUACCCUUUUUAAACAUUGGCACAGCAUUAGCUUUCGUCCAGUGUUCUGAAACUUUCCCAGUGCUCCAAAACUUAUUGAGAAUCAGCAAGCUCCUCAGCCAGUCUUUUGAAACUCUUUGGAUGCAAGUUAUCUGGAUCUGUUGAUUUUAAAAUUUCUGACUUUAGUAGCUUCUGUUCAACAUCCUCCAGAGACACUAGUGGAGUGGAAAGAAUGUCGUUAUCGCCAUAUGAUGAGACUGCAUCAUCUUUUUUUUUCUUCCCCAAAUACAGAACAGAAUUAUUUAUUGAACACCUUUUCUGUAUUAUUAUUAUUGAUAAUUCUAAUAAUGGACCAAUACCAUUGUCAGGAUUCUUUUUGUUCCUAGUGUGUUUUAAAAACUCUAUUACUGUCUGUAACUCUGCUUGCCAUACAUUUUUCUCCUUUUGUGUACCAUAUCAAUUUUCUGCAAUUGCUAACUUCUGACUUACUCAUUAAUGUUAACUUCUCUUUCUUCCAUUUGUUAUAUGUUAUUUCUUUUAUAUUUUCAAGUUGCCUUCACUUGCUUUCUAAACAGUUUGGUUUUUUUAACCAGCACAGCCUUCUUCCUCAAUUGUGGGAUUGAGGCUUUUGGGGCAGUUAGUAAGGUGUUAAGUGAUUUCCAAUAAUAGUUUACAUUUUUCUGAUUAAAUUAUUUUCCACAGCUUAUUUGGCUCAUACUUGUUUUCAGCUUUGUGAAAUUGGCCCUAUUAAAGCAGCAAGUAUAUACAUUACUUUUAGUCCUGUGGUCAGUUCCUCUUUAUCUUUUGGAACAAGGUCUAAUAUAGAAUUCCCUCAUGCUGGCUGCAACAUAUUUUGAGUUAGGAAAUUCUCAUCUAUAAUGUUUACAAAUUCGAAGCAUGUUUGAAACUGGAAGUAUGCAAUCAGGCAACAGAGACCAAAAAUCCCAUACGCUCUACAGAAAAGUACUGUGUUAAAUGUAAACUACUUU